AUGGAGUCGUCUAAUUUCCCGCCCGAAGUGACCCCUUCUCAGAAUACCCUUGCUCCCCAAGCUCUGUCAAUGCCUAUUGGAGUCAGACUUGAAAACAUCGCCGAGUUCGAGGUCUACUCCUCGUCCGUUUUAGAGCAGCCUGUAAUUGCUAAGGAUAGCUAUUUUUAUUCUACGCCCUGGUUCAAGUUCACUGGAAUGGAUCCGAAUGCAAAGUAUCAACUCAGUCUUCGGUUCGAUAAAGUUUCCAAUGGAAGGUUCCAUUUCAUCAGGGACGCUAAAAAAUGGAUAGAAAAACCAAAUGAAAAUGCAACCAACACAAAUAUUUCACCUGAAAAGCACAUUUACCUACAUCCAAAUACAUUUUCUGGCCAAAGAUUUAUGAGCGAAGACGUGGUUUUUGAGGUUCCAAUGAGCAAUUCAUCUAGUUGCUUGCGAAAAGGAGCAGUUGUCUUGGAAUCUAGCUACAAGUAUCAGGCAGUUCUUUUGGUCUCCAAAAUAGUUGAGCAAGGGACAACCGUGCAAUUGGAUACGCCUCAAGAGUUCAGAUUCGACUGCAUGACAUUUAUUGUAGUCCACAAGUAUCGCAAUCCAGAAAUUUUCAAAAUGAAAGCACAUCCCAAAGGCUGCAAAAGGAAGUCUAGAAGUGCUAUUGAAGUGCCAUCUUCAACCACCUUAUUUUCUAUAGCAUCUCUAAUAUCUCCAGAUGAAACAAAGAACGAUUCCGUAACUUCAGCACCAGCUGCUCCAGUCAAUUUUCAAUUUCCAAUUGGGCCAACUUCUUUUGCUUCUUCUGCCACACUUCUUUUGCCUAAUUGGACCAACAAAACUCUCUUGGAAAAUGCUGGAUCUGACCAUUUGCAACCUUAUAACACUCCCUCUUGUACAGGAUCUUCAGAAGACAUUUCAAAUCAAUAUGAUUCUGCUGUAGCAGUCUUGCUAUCAACUCAGCCUCAUUUGCCUUCUGGAACUUCUUCGUCCAACAUUUCAUUUCCCCUCGGACCAAGAUCGUUUGCUGCUUUUUCCCCAUUUUUUCCAUCCAAUUGCAUUUUUCCUUUUGCACCACCAGGUAACUUCAAGUGA